GACUUCGUUCAGCUGCUGUAUUGGUCAAUCAGUCAGUAACAUAUGUUUUGAAUAAUCACAAAGCAGCUUCGCACUAGGACAAAGUACACUAGUACCAGGAGGUUCUCUCCCGAGCCCUGACAAAAACAGCUCUGCGUAAGGCUGCUUAUAGACACGAUUCAUUGUUUUAAAAGUGUGAGUUUACCAUGGAUACUGAGGGUAAGGUUAUCAAGUGCAAAGCAGCAGUGUCCUGGGAACCAGGAAAACCAUUCUCCAUUGAGGAAGUUGAGGUUGCCCCUCCCAAAGCGCAUGAAGUACGAAUUAAGAUAGUAGCAUCUGGAGUAUGCCACACAGACUGGACUUUCCUCCAUGAGGUUGGUAAAAAUAUGAAUCCCCAGCCUUUUCCUGUGGUCUUGGGACAUGAGGGGGCAGGAGUGGUGGAAAGUGUUGGUCCAGGUGUCACAAAAAUGUCCAAAGGAGACAAAGUUAUUCCUCUAGUCGUGCCACAGUGUGGACAAUGUGAACGCUGUCUGAAUCCAAAGACAAACCUUUGCACCAAAAACUGGGAGAAAACUCAGCAGUGUCUUCUUGCAGAUGGCACCAGCAGGAUCACCUGCAAGAAUCAGCAGAUUCACCAGUUUAUUGGUAUCAGCACCUUCUCUGAAUAUACUGUUGUGCCAGAGGACAAUGUCACCAAGAUUCACCCAGACGCUCCACUGGACAAAGUCUGUCUGUUGGGCUGUGGAGUGUCUACAGGAUAUGGAGCAGCAGUGAACACAGGCAAAGUCGAAUCUGGCUCUACAUGUGCAGUGUUUGGUUUGGGAGCUGUCGGACUAGCAGCUGUCAUGGGAUGCAAAGUUUCCGGUGCUUCCAGGAUCAUCGCCGUUGACCUCAACCCGGACAAAGCUGAGAUCGCCAAGAUAUUUGGAGCGACUGAGUUUGUGAACCCUAAAGACCACAGUAAACCCAUUCAGGAGGUGCUGAGGGAGCUGACUAAUGGUGGCGUUGACUUCUCUAUUGAGUGUGUGGGAAAUGUGGAAGUUAUGAGGGCGGCUGUGGAAGCAUGUAGUCCUGCAGGGGGAGUUUGCGUGAUGGUGGGCUGGACUCGGAAGGGAGAACUUACUCUGGUCUCUGAGGAUAUUCUGAUAGGAAGAACUCUGAAAGGCUCCUAUUUUGGCGGUUGGAAGAGUGCUGAGGCAGUGCCCAAGUUGGUACAGGAUUAUAUGAAUGGGAAGCUUCUGCUCGAUGAAUUUGUGACACACAAACUGAGUCUAGAUCAGGUUAAUCAGGCCUUCGAGCUUAUGACCACCGGGAAAAGUGUUCGUACAGUGCUCAAGAUGUGAAAUGUAGGCAACUUUGUCUUUAAACCAAAGUGUUUAUAUUCUGUUAUGACAUCAUAUCCAUCAAAGAUUCAAUGUUGUCAUAAUGCAAUGUGAAUACAGCUGCAUAGAUCUCAACCGUUCUCAUUGGUCCCAAAUCCUAUACAGCAUAAUUAUACAAUAAACAUUUAUUAACUUGUCACGUCAGUUAUUAUGGUUUCAUAUGUACUGUACAGAGAAGUAUGCUUUAAGUAUUUAAAGAAAUAUGCUUCUUUAAAAUACUUAUAUUCUCAAGGAAUAUGUAGCUUUUUCAUACAAUAAAGCUUAAUCUGAUGCAUGUGA